AUGGACGCCUCCUCCCUCCGCAUCUCCAAGUUCGAUGGAACUAACUUCCACGCCUGGAAGUUCAAGAUGCAGAUGGUGCUGGAGGAACGGGACCUAUGGGAGGUCGUCAGCGGUGAGAUCAAGGCGGAACAGUGCGAGACUCAGUUGGACCAAGCGACGUACAAGAGGAAGUCAAGAAAGGCGAUGGCAGUGAUCUGUCUAGCCAUGGAAGAUUCCCAGCUACCGUUGGUCCGGUCGGCAAGUGGUGCAUGCGACGCAUGGUCAAGGUUGGAAGACCACUUCGAGAAGAAGAGUCUUGCCAACAAGCUGUUCUUGCGCCGUCGCUUCUUCACGACAAUGAUGGAAGAAGGCGACGAUGUGCUCGAACACAUCAACAAGCUCAAGACGCUGGCGGAACAGCUAGAAGCGGUGGGGGCUCCAGUCUGCGAGGACGAUCUGGUGAUCACACUCCUCGGCAGCCUGAGUGACUCGUAUCAAUUCUUGAUCACAGCUUUGGAGUCGCGCUCAGACACUCUUAGCUGGGAGCUCGUGACGUCUCGACUGCUUCAUGAAGAAAUGAAGCGGAAGGAGCAAGGAAGUAAAGGUGAUGAAGCUUCGCAAGGUCAAGCGUUCAUCACAAGGGACAAUCAGCGCAAAGGGCGACCAGUGAAGAAGUCCUGGCCGUGCCACAAUUGCGGAAAGAUUGGUCACUGGAUGGCGGAGUGCCCCUCGCGCAUCCAAGAAAACACGGAGAGACACCGGCCACAGCGUGCUCAAGACAGCGGCGACCGCUAUCGAUCACAACGUGCAAACGUCGCUCAAGAAGAAGACUCGGGCGACUACCUCUUUUCGAUCGGUGAAACGACAUCUGCGAAAUCGAGCGACAUCUGGCUGGUCGACUCCGGGGCGACGCAGCACAUGACGUGCUCCAAGAAGUUCAUGCGGAACUACAAGGGGUUUGACGCUGUGGAUGUCCAUCUCGCGGAUGAUGGAAUCGUCCAAGCAAUCGGCAGUGGGGACAUUGUCAUGUCGAUGAAGACACCCCAAGGGAUGAAGAAAGGUGUGCUCACAAACGUGUGGCACAUCCCAAAGUUAUCCAGAAACCUGUUCUCGGUCGGCCGCUUCACCAAGGAUGUCGGCCCAGUGACGUUCACGAAGGAUGGGUGCUAUGGAGAAGCGAAAGGGACCAAGUGGAAAAUUGGUGCCCGUGAAGGUAAAGGACUGUUCAAGCUGCAAAUGACUCCAGUGGCGCCGGAACAAGCAAAUGCAGCCAAGUCGUCGGGAUGUCAAGGGGGCACCAAGUCGUACCUCUGGCACCUUCGGCUUGGCCACAUAGGUCACGAUGGACUCAAUUGCAUCGUGACGAAGAACGUGGAAUUGGCAUCGACAUAUCUUCGGUGA